AUGCAAAGUAUAUCAGGAUACAAUCCACUGAGUGCGUUUCAUGCAGUCAGACUGACAAGGACAAGCGAGAACGAGUACGUUAUUAACUCCGAGUCUGAAAAAGACCAAUUCAAGACAGAGACAAAAGCAAAGUCGUACCAAGUAGAAAUGCUGAAGGCGAAAAGAAACUCGAAAAACAGAGAUGCAGCUCAACAAGCUUUUUUAAUUGGAAUGGCGGCGUCUUUUGGGUAUCAAAUCGACAUCAAUAAAUUGUAUAAAAAGGGGAAAACAACAUCACAACUGUUUACAAUCAACUCAAUUUCUAAGGACAAUAAGUUCCUCUUUAAGACACACGACGUUGUUCCCGAAGUCGAAGACUUGAGGGAUAAAAGAAGGUGCUUGGAUGCAGUGACAAACUCUACUUUACUCGACAUCAUAAUUGCUACAAUCGGUGUUAAAGUCUGCGAAAAGAAGUGUCGUAUUUCUAAAUAUGGAAAUUCAAUUGGGAUGCGAAGAAUUAAGGCUCUUCGAUUCGGAGGAUGUAACUUCUCAACUAAAGAAAUUACUGAAUUUGGAAAUCGGAUACACAACAAUAUCCUGAACCAUAUGGGAACCAAGUCAUGUAUCAUUGAUGACAGUUGCAACGAUAUCACAGCUUUCUUCAGACAAAACAAUGAAAGCGUCUCUUCAAUUGUACAUUAA